AUGCUGAGGAUGUUCAGAGACGCCCUUUGGACGUUGAAGUUGAGAUUUGACUCAUUCAAGGUUGAGAAGAUGCUCAAUUCGGAGUUUGUCCUGUUUGCCUCAUUAGUCAGCUCUCUGCCUGUGAAAUGCCAAGGUACCCGAAACUACCUCGUCUUACGGCCAAUCACCGUCUCGGGCGAGGUACCUGUCCAUGUUCAUGCGCUGCCCGUCGGCAAGAAUUGGCAGCCCGGUUCCAACUCCAGAGACCAACAACAGCCUCACACCUGUCCCCCAACUCUGCAGCCAUCUCUGGAAAAGUGGCUGACCGUUAAUCAACCUCAAGCUGUCGGGAAUUGGGCUCUAUCCAUCUUGCUCUGA